GACGGCAAUUUGGUAUUAUUACAUCAUAGUCCACCAUUGCAUUGCUUCUUCUUCUUCUCUCUCUAACCUAUUCAAGUACAAGACCAUGCUUGAUAUUAAAUAUUGAGUGAACUAUGUUGAUUCUUAUCUGCAACUAAACAAACAUAAGACAAUUCAAUUCAAUUCAAAGUGUGAAACUGAAUUUAUUAUUUUCUUCAUAGCCGCCUCUAGUCUUCAUUUGUAUCUGUUUCUUUCAGCUCCCCAACCCAGAUCCCAAGUUACCAACUUUCCUUUCUUUUACACCUGAUUUUGUCUUUUACUUCACUUCCACGUCUUUCAAUUCCCUACUUGUGUUUUUUUCUCUGAUUUUAGUGUUCCAUGUUUUGGUGAAAUUAAAGUUCAUUUAACAAAACCCCUCUUUAAAAAUUUCAUCUUUUGUUGUUACUGUUGGAAAUUCAACUUUCCUUUUUUUUUUUUUUUUAUCAAUUCAUAAUAGUUUCCUCAACAAUUCACAGUUGGCCAAUUUAGUAAAUUGGGCUAUUUGUUUUGGUUAAUUGCUUUUCAGACAAGUUUUGUUAUGUUAGCAGAACCAUAAUUCAUUUUGGGGUUUUUAGUUUGAGGUAAUCAAGGUUUGUGUUUUAGGUUAAGUAUAGGUUACCUGGGCCCUGUUUGGAUAAACAGCUUAUUUUGGAGCUUAUAGCAUAAGCGCUUAUCAUAUAAGCGCUUAUGCUUUCCUUAUGUGUUAGGGCACAAAAUUGAAAUUGAAGUGCACUGUUUAGUUAAGAAUGGAUGUUACUGUUGUGUUCUUGGUGCUGUUGCUGCAAUUGUCAACAAUUUUUGGGUCUGAAGUUGUGUUACAGACAAAGGGUUGUGGUGAUAAUUUGGUAGCAAAUUCAUAUUCUAGUCAUGGUGAGGAAUUGUUCUACAUAAAUGGAAAUGUGGUAAACAGAGUUGAUUUCUGUAAAGCUCUCCAAUUGUAUAUUGCAAAUGGUUGUGAUUUGAAGGAUUACUUUGGAAGUAACAAUUGUGUGUUGGAUUUGAAUGUCUCUUUUGUGAAUUUGCCUUCAACAGCAGGAAGGAAACUUUUGCAGAAAGAUUUGAACAAUAAUUCGACGUCACAAGGAGAUCCUAAGCAAGUGUCAAGCAGCCAAGUUGGAAUUUUUGCGGGUGGAGCUUUGUUGGUAUGUUGUGCUGUUGUUUGUCCUUGUUUCUAUGGGAAGAGAAGAAAGGCAACUUCUCAUGCUGUUCUGGAAAAGGACCCGAAUUCAAUGGAAUUAGGUUCCUCCUUUGAACCAUCAGUUUCUGAUAAGAUCCCGGCUAGUCCACUUCGGGUGCCACCUAGUCCAUCAAGAUUCUCAAUGUCUCCAAAACUCAGCAGACUUCAGUCAUUACAUCUCAACCUGAGUCAGGUUUCUAAAGCUACCCGUAAUUUUUCAGAAACAUUACAAAUAGGAGAAGGAGGUUUUGGAACUGUCUACAAGGCUCAUUUAGAUGAUGGCCUGGUUGUGGCUGUAAAACGCGCAAAAAGGGAACAUUUUGAGAGUCUGAGAACAGAAUUCAGCAGUGAAGUUGAACUUCUGGCCAAAAUUGAUCACCGAAACCUUGUGAAGCUACUUGGCUAUAUUGACAAAGGAAACGAACGUAUCCUUAUUACGGAGUUUGUGGCAAAUGGUACUCUUCGAGAACAUUUGGAUGGUUUGCGUGGAAAAAUUCUGGAUUUCAAUCAGCGCCUUGAAAUUGCAAUCGAUGUUGCACAUGGAUUGACCUAUCUGCAUCUGUAUGCAGAAAAACAAAUUAUCCAUCGAGAUGUGAAAUCAUCCAACAUUCUUCUGACUGAAAGCAUGCGAGCUAAAGUCGCUGAUUUUGGAUUUGCUAAGCUUGGUCCUGUAAACAACGACCAUACACACAUUUCUACCAAAGUGAAGGGAACAGUCGGCUAUUUGGACCCUGAGUAUAUGAAAACAUACCAUCUCACUCCAAAAAGUGAUGUUUACUCAUUUGGAAUUUUGCUUUUAGAAAUUCUGACGGGCCGUCGCCCUGUGGAGCUGAAAAAAAGUGCUGAAGAGCGAGUUACAUUAAGAUGGGCCUUCAGGAAAUAUAAUGAAGGAAGUGUGGUGGCACUGCUUGAUCCUUUAAUGCAAGAAGCUGUAAAAACUGAUGUUGCUGUGAAGAUGUUUGAUUUGGCAUUUAAUUGUGCAGCACCGGUAAGAUCAGAUAGACCUGACAUGAAAACAGUGGGUGAGCAAUUAUGGGCAAUAAGGGCAGAUUACCUCAAGAGUAGUAGCACAACUGCAAGGAGAGAAUGAUUGGUGAAUUUGACCAUUAUAAUGAUAUUCUCAAGUUGGUUCUUUUUUAAUUUUGCUUUUGAAAAAAACAAAAAAAAAAAAAUAUUUUCUUUACUUCUUACUUUAUCAUGCCUAAAAGUGUUUCAGGCAUUUUGACAUGUUAAUUUUCAUUUGGGGUUUUAAUCUAGAUGGAUUUCUUAAGUUAAUUCAACCAUAAACUGCAAAAGUCAUUUUGAAGUUUAGAUUGUGGGAGAUUUUUUACUUAGAAAAUAGCAACAUGUUGACUCUGUUCCACUAGUGUGUUUAUCUCUACCCCUUGACUCUAUUUUACUUGUUGAAAUAUUUUCCUUGUAAAGUUGAAUGUGGAUUUUGGUUCCUUUGGAUCAGUCCAUGAAAAUUCCUCAAUCAAAAUACAAUUAUGGCUUAAA